AUGCAUAUAUCACUGGAAAGACAUUUAGACAAAUUUAUUGCUGGCCGAACAGGAGUAAAAGUAUUGUUCCCUCUAUGUGGAAAGACUAUAGACAUGAGACUAUUGGCUGAUCAAGGGCAUUAUGUAGUUGGUGUGGAUAUAGCAGAACGGGCUUUUCAAGAAUUUUUUAUUGAGCAAAAUUUGGAAUAUACUGAAGAGCAAUUGAAAAAUGUGGAUGGCAAACUAUUUAAGUCAAUGGAUGGCAGAAUCAAAUUGUACUGUAUGGAUUUCUAUUUGUUCACAAAAGAGAUGGAGGGCCAUUUUAAUGCCAUUUGGGACCAUGCUUCUGUUGUAGCAAUCAAUAUUGAAGAUAGAAUCAAAUAUUCUCAACUAAUCCAAGAAGUUAUGUCUCCUGAUUGUAAAUAUAUAAUUUCAGCUAUACAAUAUGAUACCAGCAAAUUACCAGGCCCUCCUCACAAUGUUAGUGAAAAUGACCUAAAGGAACUAUUUCCUAAUUUCAGUGUACAACAAUUUGAUGAGAUUGACCGGUCAUAUAUGUAUAAAGUUCAUGGUAUUCUGAAAAUAUUUAAGCUAAAUGGUUAA